AUGCCUGAUCAACAGAGCAGCAGUCCUGGUGCGGGAAAGGAAUCUGCCAUUGUUUUAUGGACGCUACCUAACAAGUCCUCCAACGUCCUGUAGGGUCUCAUCCUCGGGGCCUUUGCCAGCGACUGUGAAGAGGAAGCUUCUCAGUUGUCUGAUGCAGGAGAGGCUUUUGACAGACGGGUCGAUGGGAAGCUGAAGAAGCUGCUGGCCAUUUCUGGGCCACCUCUGAAGAAAGGGAAGACACGCAUCUUCCAUGGCUUACACCAGGACUUUCCAAGCGUAGUAGUUGUUGGCCUGGGAAGGAGAGCAGUCGGAGUGAACGUACAUGAAAACUGGAAUGAAGACAGGGAAAACAUACGGGGAGCUGUGGCAGCUGGAUGCAGGCAGCUGCGGGACCUAGAAGUCCCUUGCGUGGAAGUGGAUCCUUGUGGAGAUGCUCAGGCAGCAGCAGAAGGGGCUGCACUUGGCCUCUUUGAAUACGAGGAGCUGAAGGAGAAAAAGAAAGCCACACUUGAAAUUCAGUUGCAUGGCAGCGAUGGAACCGAUGCCUGGCAGAAAGGUAUUCACUAUGCAGAAGGCCAGAACUUGGCCAGAUACCUGAUGGAAGGCCCAGCAAACUACAUCACACCAACCAAUUUUGCUACCAUCAUUGAGGACAAAUUGAAAAGCUUCAGUAGCAAUGUGACUGUUCAUAAAAGGGAUAAAUCGUGGAUACAGGCGCAAAAAAUGGGAUCCUUUUGGAGUGUUGCCAAAGGCUCUGAGGAGCCCCCUGUCUUUUUGGAAGUCCACUACCAAGGCAGCAGCGACCCUAAAGAGGCUCCCCUGGUCUUCGUUGGAAAGGGGAUAACUUUUGAUAGCGGCGGCAUUUCCAUCAAGCCUUCAGCCAACAUGGAGGCCAUGAGAGCAGAUAUGGGGGGAGCAGCCACCAUUUUUUCCGCCAUUAUCACAGCUGCAGAGUUAAAGUUACCCAUUAAUCUAAUUGGUUUGGCCCCCCUGUGUGAAAACUUGCCCAGUGGGAAGGCAAAUAAACCUGGAGAUGUUGUGACAGCCAUGAAUGGAAAAACGAUUCAGGUUGACAACACAGAUGCAGAGGGGAGAUUGGUGUUGGCUGAUGCUCUUCUCUAUGCACACCGUUUUAAUCCAAGGGCAAUUUUAGACGCUGCAACAUUAACAGGUGCCAUGGAUGUGGCAUUAGGAUCAGCAGCUACUGGGGUUUUUACCAAUUCACAGCAGCUGUGGCAUCACCUGUAUGAGGCUAGUGUUAUGACAGGGGAUCGAGUUUGGAGAAUGCCUCUCUUUGAACAUUAUACAAAGCAAAUAGAGAGUCACCUUGCAGAUAUCAAUAACAUUGGAAAAUACAGGUCUGGUGGUGCGUGCACAGCUGCUGCAUUCCUGAAAGAAUUUGUGACUGUUCCUCACUGGGCUCAUUUAGAUAUUGCUGGUGUAAUGGAAAAUAAAGAUGAGAUUCCGUAUCUGCGGAAAGGCAUGGCAGGAAGGCCAGCACGUACCCUGGUUGAGUUUAUUACUCGACUGUCCCAAGACAAGCAGAGCUUCUAGAAAGCAGCUCUGUGAGAAUCACCUCUGGCCUUAAAAUCAGUUAAUUUGAACAUGGAGAAACCAGUGGUCUCCCAGCCAGCGCACUGAUACAAUCCCAAAAGGGCCGUCCAUCUUUGACUUUAAUUUUGGGGGGCUAUUUAGAAAGACCCACAAUGAUGGACUGUAAAUUCAUUCCGAGUUCUUCUAGAGUUCUACUAAACCACCAUCUCUUUUUAUAAUCUUCAUCCCAGGAUUCUGUCCUGUAUUUGGUACCCAAAGAGCAAUCAGUUUAAACCAUCAGGCUUUGCUAUACAGAUUGAAUAAUAGAUACACAAUUAUCGCAUCCAAUAAAUGUAUCUUCUGACA